AUGGAGAAGGAGGCCCAUUCCACGGCGCUCGAAAAUGUCGCCAGCAACAUCGAGCAUGAGCUCACCAACGCGGGGGAGACUGGCAAGAUGGCCAGCAUCAGCGAGGCCAUGGCCAACAACGGCACAGCCCAGGAGCAUCGACUCGGCUCUUGGGAGGCCUUCAAGCUCUACCGCAAGGGCGCCUUCUGGUCCAUGUUCAUCUCGCUGAGCAUCAUCAUGCGCGCUUACGACAUUGAGAUCAGCGGCAACUUCUUCGCGCUGCCCGCUUUCCAGACGCACUUUGGCGUGGACUACGGCCCGGAUCACGGAGGGUUCCAGAUUCCCGCCAGAUGGCAGGUUGCCAUGGGCAUGGGCAGCUUGGUCGGUCAGAUUGUGGGAGCGUAUCUCGUUUCGUUCCCUAUGGAGAGGUUUGGUCGUAAGAAGACUUUUGCCGUCUGCCUUGUCCUGACGGCCAUCCUGACCUUUAUGCAAUUCUUCGCCAACACCAUUGGUGUCUUGACGGCCAGUCAGUACCUUAGCGGUAUUGUUUGGGGAGGCUACUGUGUUAUUGCCACGACAUAUGCUUCUGAGGUUCUUCCUCUCAGUCUCCGUGGUUUCCUCACUGGUUACAUCAACCUCUGCUACGUCAUGGGCCAGUUCAUUCAGACCGGUGUAACUCGUGGCUUUAUCAACCGACCCGACCAGUGGGCAUACAAGAUCCCCUUUGCCAUCCAGUGGAUCUGGCCCGUCGUCCUGCUUGCCGGUCUUCCCUUUGCGCCUGAGUCUCCUUGGUGGCUGGUUCGCCAGAAUAGCAUGGAGAAGGCAGAGAAGUCUCUCUCGAAGCUUGUUCAGAAGAACUCGGGCAUCAACAUCAAGGAAACGCUUGCCAUGAUGGUCAAGACUGAUCUCCUUGAGCGAGAGCUGGAAGUCGGUACCACCUACGCCGAUUGCUGGAAGGGACACAACCGUCGCCGUAUGGAGAUUUGCAUCCUGCUCUUUGUUAUCCAGAACUUUAGCGGUAACCCCGUCGGCUUCGCAACCUACUUUUUCGAACAGAUCGGUCUCAACAACGUCCAGGCAUUCGACAUGGGAGUUGGUCUCAACGGAGUCGGUUUUAUCGGCACCUGUCUUUCUGCUAUUCCUCUGAUCUACCUCGGUCGACGUCCUGCGUAUAUCUUCGGCCUUAGCUUCAUGGUUACCAUCCUCUUUAUCGUCGCUCUCCUGACUUUCGCCCACGAUUACACAACCAACUUCUCGUACCGAUGGGCUCAAGCUACUUUGCUCAUCAUUCUCCAGUUCGUCUGGCAGGCAACCCUUGGUCCUCUGACUUAUGUCGUCGUCUGCGAGACUCCAUCAACGAAGCUCCGAUCAAAGACCAUCGCCAUCGCCACCAUGAUCGACGCUCUUACUGGAUUGGUUACUUCCGUCAUUGGACCCUACUUGCUCAACCCUGGUGCUGCAGGUGCUGGAGCCAAGAUUGAGUUUUUGUACGGCGGCAUUUCUGUCUUUUCUCUUAUCUGGACCAUUUUCAGAAUGCCGGAGACUAAGGGCCGAACCUACGAAGAGUUGGAUAUCAUGUUCGAAAGAGGCGUUCCUGCGAGGAAGUUUGCCUCGUACAAGUUUGAGGAGGAUGAUGAUGUGAGGGUAUAA